UCGCUAAGGCAACAGAAGCGGCUUCGGGAUCUUCGCCCUUCGACGGCUGCGCAGUAGCUGGGGCUCGGGCUGAUUGGCAGCGGCUGCGCAGGCCCGGUGUGAGUGUCGGACCGAUGGCGGAAGCAAUCCUGGGCACCGAGUUCCCGGAGCCUCCCGGCGUGGCGCGGAACGCGGCGCUCAUGCAGCGCUUCGCCGCGCAGCUGGGUGCUCAGGGCCGGCGGGUGGUGCUCAUCACGUCGGGCGGCACCAAGGUGCCCUUGGAGGCUCGCACCGUGCGCUUCCUGGACAACUUCAGCAGCGGGCGGCGCGGCGCGGCCUCGGCCGAGAGCUUCCUGCGCGCCGGCUACGGGGUGCUGUUCCUGCACCGCGCGCGCUCCGCAUUCCCCUUCGCGCACCACUUCCCCCCGCAGGCUUGGCUCUCGGCUCUGCGGCCUGCCCGGAGCGAGACCGAGGGCUCUGGAGGCCGCCUGCUGUUGGAGGCCGAAGCCGCCGCUCUGCCGGGCUUCGCCGACGCCUUGCUCAGUUACCAAGACGCCGCCAACGCCGGUACCUUCCUGGCCGUAGAGUUCACCACCCUGAACGACUACCUACACCUACUGCAGGCCGCGGCCCAGGCGCUCAGCCCGCUCGGCUCCUCUGCAAUGUUUUAUCUGGCUGCUGCCGUGUCGGAUUUCUACGUGCCCGCCUCUGAAAUGCCUGAGCAUAAGAUCCAGUCCUCUGGAGGCCCUUUGCAGAUAACAAUGAAGAUGGUGCCAAAAAUGCUUUCUCCUCUUGUUAAAGACUGGGCUCCCAAGGCCUUUGUAAUUUCCUUUAAGUUGGAGACAGACCCCUCAGUUGUAAUUGAUCAUGCCCGGAAGGCUCUGGAGACUUACUGUCAUCAGGUUGUGGUGGCCAAUAUCCUUGAAUCUCGGAGGUCCUACGUGGUUAUUGUGACCAAAGACUCAGAAACACAGUUGUCUCUUUCUGAUGAAGAAAUGGAAAAAGGUAUGGAAAUAGAAGAAAAGAUUGUGAGUAACCUACAGUCUCGACACAUAGCUUUUAUAAAUGAGAAAAACUGAGACAAAGAGUUUUGUCUACCAAAUCCGAAGUUGUGACCUGGACAGUGGCUUGAAUAAGAAGGUAGUUCAGGGAAAUGGAAAUUGUCUUUUGCUUUCCAUAAGAAAAGGAAAAUCUGUAGAAAGGUGAAAAGAAUGUUGGAAUAGAAAGGGAAUAUUUAAUUUCAAAUUGGUUUGGUUUUUUCAUUUAAUGGUUAUUUGAAGCUCAUUAAAAAUGAAAACAAAAGCAAACCAGUUCUAGAUUUCUAUAACUUAAUUUACUACUUCAACUGGGAAAAGAAUAAAGGGUAUAUAGUUCUCAUUUUCUAUUUAAAAUAUUUUACAGCUAGCUAAAUAUCAACCUCAGAAAAAAAAAAUCAAAGAAUAAACGGAACAAAAGCCCAAAUAAAAUUCUAAACUCAAGAGUUUUUAUAUUUUAAUUAAAACACAUCUGUCUACAUAAACUUUUAACAAAGUAA